AGGCGCGAAAAAGCGAGUGGAUUGGUACGCGAACGGGCGGGGGUUCCACGACGAAAUGGUCGAUAUUUUAGCUAUAGUAGGCUAUAGUGGCGCGAGGCUCUUUCCCGAGGCCAGUCCUAGUCCAGUCUCUCUUUAUAAUUGUCGCGAAAGAAAGGGCUGCACGCACACAUAUCGAUAGAGAGAAAGAGAUAGAGCGAGCGAGAGAGAGAGAGAGAGAGAGAGAGAGAGCAAGAGAGAGAGAGAGAGAGAGAGAGAGAAAAAGGCAAAAAAGAAAGAAAGAGACAGCUGACAUAACUAAUCGGGAGAAGAAGAAAGAUAGAAAGCAAGUAAGAAAGCAAGAGAGAGAGAGAGAGAGAGAGGGAGAGAAAGAGUGCGUGCAAAAGAAAAGAAAGAAAGAUACAUCGGUCCUCCCUCUUAUCGCGAUAAAUCGAAUCUCGAUCUCCAUCGAGAUUCGUCGUCUUUCUCUUAAUAGAGUGAUUAAACAAAGUGCAAACGGUAGCCUGUGUUGGAUCCUUGACGUCAGAGCAGCAACCCCGUGUCGUUCAAGGAUACAUCGUCUUCGUAGAAGCCAUUGCUAGUAAUCGUGACUGUCAAAGGGAGAAGGCCCAAGACACGAUAAGGUCCAUUUCCUGUUGGCCUGCUUUCUGUAAUCAGCCAGGAAGGUUGCCCUUAUGGCGAGCCAAGAUCCAAAGUGGCAGAAGGAUGCCGCGGAUCAGAACUUCGAUUACAUGUUCAAACUUUUAAUAAUCGGCAACUCGUCGGUCGGUAAAACCUCUUUUCUCUUCCGUUAUGCGGACGAUUCCUUCACCUCGGCCUUCGUGUCGACCGUGGGAAUCGACUUUAAAGUGAAAACGGUCUUCAGGAACGAUAAAAGGGUCAAGCUACAAAUCUGGGACACGGCCGGUCAAGAAAGAUACAGGACGAUCACAACGGCCUAUUAUAGAGGCGCAAUGGGCUUCAUCCUGAUGUAUGACAUUACGAACGAGGAAUCCUUCAAUUCGGUACAAGACUGGGUGACGCAGAUAAAGACUUACUCGUGGGACAAUGCCCAGGUAAUCCUCGUGGGCAACAAGUGCGACAUGGAGGACGAGAGGGUGAUCAGCUUUGAAAGGGGUAAACAAUUGGCAGACCAAUUAGGCGUGCAAUUUUUCGAGACAUCCGCUAAGGAGAACAUCCAAGUGAAGGCGGUGUUCGAACAGCUGGUAGACAUAAUAUGCGACAAGAUGAGCGAAUCGUUGGACAAUGAUCCAACAUUGAUGGCAGGUGGUGCGGGCCAGGCCAAGGGUCAACGACUCACCGAUCAGCCGACCAAUCCAGCGAACACUAAUUGCAAUUGCUAAGAAGAAAUGGAAAGCAAAUGACGAUGACAGAGCGAGAGAGAGAAAGAGAGAGAGAGAGAGAGAGAGAGAGAAAGAGAGAAAGAGAGAGAGAGAGAGAGAGAGAGAGAAAAUGUGAGAGAAGGAAAAAUAGGCAAAGAGAGGAAGAGAGAAAGAGAAUGUGUGUAUGAGUGUGUGGAUGCAUGUGUAUGAGAGAAUAAGAGAGAGAAAGAGAGAGAGGGAGAGAAAGAAAGAAAGAAAGAAAGAGAGGGAGAGAGAGAGAGAGAGAGAGAGAAAGAAAGAGAGAAAGGGAGGAAAAAAUCGUGCUUUUUGCGCGUUACGCUGGCUCUAGCUAGUCUUACCUUCUUCGUCGUUCCUUUGUCCUUUGUUAUUAUAUUAAAUAUUAUUAAAAUUAUUAUUAUUAUUAU